GCUAGAACUCUCGGAAGAGUCACAUCCAUGGACCCGUCCUCUGAGAAGAGGAAGAUCAUGGAGCUACGCACUAGCGGUCUUAUAUAGUUCAGCGGACGAGGGGAGGGCGGAGACGGGCGGCAGAUCCGCGCAGGGUGUAGCGCAAGAGGCUAAACCCGACCGGGUGGAGGUUAAACCGUAUGGGAUGACCACGGGAUGGGCGCUGAACCCGCGCGGGAGGGUUGCUGAAAACACCGCGGCCUCCCUGGUAAAUGUGAAUUGUACAGUAAAUCUCGAUUACGUGCGACCACGCUGGCGUGGCCAACUGCGAGUCAGAACCAAUUGAUGCCACGAUGGGAUGGAGGUGUCUCAAGGCAGGCAAAUAGGAUCCGACGGUGGUUGUUCCUGGUGGAACCCACGGGCUUCUCCCCGUUGAGUCCCCCCCCUCUAUUAGACAUGCAAAGGGUUUCUUUUUUUCCUGGUGGCUAGCUGACAUCCGUGUGUCCCCCUUCCUGCAGCAAUUAAGAGGGAAGGAAGGGGAGCGAGCCAAGCCCUGCUGUUGUUGCCUCUUUGACUUUUCCCCAUGCAUGCCCCGUGGAGGAUGUACCCCAAGUGCCCUGGCGUUGUCAUCACCGGCGUGUCUUGCAGGUGUGUUGAGGGACCUGUAUCUGAUCUAUCACUCUCUUUUCCUUGCCCCUUUGACUCGGUGGAUGUUGGCGGCUAUCAUUUCCUCACUGACCGACCAACGCCCCUUGCUAUUUUUAAACAAUCUACUCCAUACUUCGUACCGUCAUUGUUUCCCAGUGGAAGGGCCCGAGCCGAGCAAGAAAAUACACACAGGCCCUCCAGAAAUAGAGAAGUGGAGACAAAAGCACGGGUUUCCCUCGGUGAUGGCUAUGACAGACCCAUCUCCUCGCUGGCAGGGCACAAACAGGUAUUGUGAACGAGAAGAGUGUGUAAUCGGAUCCAGGCAGCAGACCUCGUACAGGAAAAGUCGUACCAACCCAUGGAAGCCGCUUAUCAUCCCACAUCGGACUCACGGAUUGUUCCAUGAUCAGCAGCAUCAACGGAUUGUUUAGGUUCGGAUGUUCUGCCCUGUAUGGUGGUGUAUUACGGUCGAAAUGGAGCUACUGCAGCGUCAGCAACCUUGAGAGCCACGAAGCCAACAUGUGUGCCUCAAUGGUUAGGUAGUUGGUCAGGGAUGGAAACGCUGCUGACUCUCCACCGGGCCAUGACCAUCGCCUGUCGCGCUUCAGACCUUGACAAUUGGCUCGUUGUCGAUAGAGUAGUGACUAGAGACUCGGGGAGAACUAGCUUGUUGGA